CGCGUCGAAAUCGGAUUGUAAUGGAGGGGUUUAUAUUUUCCCCGUAUAACUACAAUGGCUAUCCUGGGUGUGGUCCAUAUAACCCCGGGGGCCAGAAACUCAGGAAUCAAAACUGGACGAAAAAAACGAAUAUCUACGUGGGCCCCGAGGCCGUGGACUACUUGGAUUUCUACAAACGCGCUCAGCUGAGGGCGAUCCUGUCCCAGGUCAACCCAAAUCUAACCCCUCGUCUAAGAAAAGCCAACACUAAAGAGUUCGGUGUUCAGGUUAACCCCAAGGUGGACGCCGUGGUUCAGUGCUCUCUUGGGCCGAAGACCCUGUUCUACCGCGAGCGAAAAUGGUUUCCUUCCAAGUCGCCUGGGACGAGUCCAAUACUGCCAAACAAAUUCGUCCCCAGCACUCCGGUGACCAACGUUCGUUUUUCCCGCCCCAUUGCAAUCUACUCUCCGGUCUUCGACAGGCGAUUUAUCACGCUGCCGGGCAACGAAGGCGAAGGACCGGUCAGAAGAGAGGAAGAAUCUGCCGGUGAAGGAGAGAAGCAAAGUCUAGAGGAUAAGGCGAAGCACGACGACUCUGGCCAAAAUGUCCCGGAAAUCCUCUCCUCCCCACCGAGGAAAUUCAACUUUCAGUUCCUGGAACAGAAAUACGGGUUUUUCCACUGCGGCAAGUGCAACAUUCGAUGGGAGAGCGCGUAUGUGUGGUGCAUCUCUGGAACCAAUAAGGUGUACUUCAAGCAGCUCUGCCGCAAGUGCCAGGUGGGGUUCAAUCCGUACAGGGUGGAGUCCAUCCAGUGCCAGGCCUGCGGUCAGACCCGCUGCUCCUGUGAGAAGAGGCAGCGGCACAUCGACAUGAAGCGCCCCCACCGCCAGGACCUGUGCGGCCGCUGUCGAGGGAAGAGGCUGUCCUGCGACACCACCUACAGCUUCAAAUACAUCGUCUGACCGUCCCCGUGUGCCACCCUCCCUGCCUGGGCCAUCGUCUGAACGUCCCCGUAUCCCACCCUCUCCCUGCCCGGGCCUCCGCACCGUGUCCUUGCGCUCCUGGCCCUGCCCCCUCCCCCUCCCCUCCCCUCCAUGUCUUUUAUAACCUGUCUAUGACCAGCUGGAAAAAAAAAAAAAAAACUAUUUUUGUAUCCUAAAAGUGUGUAAAUAAAUGAAUAAAGUGGAUUUAUUACAGCAGA